CACGUGACGACACCUAUUUUCUGAUCAACCACAGCUUUGUGUCAAUGUCAGGAGCACUAUGACGUCAAUAUUACGAGAGCUGUGAUUGGUUAGUGGUUCGCGUACCUCCCACGUAAAACUGAUGAGAAUGCCUCACCUGUCAGUCAAGAAAUGGACUCGAUCCUAUGCAAAGAAAGGAUAAGCGAGAAUUGGGAAUCGAUUCACGUUUGCUUCCAAGACUAAGGGGUUAACGCUGGCGUGUUACAGAACCAGAGAGAUCUGGAUUAGCCAGAGAGUUGUGGUAAUAUGACUUCGCUUCUUCCUUUUACGCCGCCCAUUGUUAAGAGAUUGCUGGGCUGGAAGCGAAGUACGGACGACGAUGAUAAAUGGGCCGAGAAAGCAGUGAAGAGUUUGGUAAAGAAAUUGAAGAAAACUGGAGGCCUUGAGGAGCUGGAAAGAGCGAUCACGAACCCGGGUAUUCCUACAAAAUGUGUGACAAUACCUCGCAGUUUAGACGGCCGUUUGCAAGUUUCGCAUCGCAAAGGUCUGCCUCAUGUGAUUUACUGUCGACUAUGGCGUUGGCCGGACUUGCAAAGCCAUCACGAAUUGCGACCUAUCGAGUCGUGUGAAUACGCUUUUAGCUUGAAGAAAGAUGAAGUUUGUGUGAAUCCUUUCCACUAUCAGCGAGUAGAAACACCAGUUCUUCCACCUGUUCUUGUUCCACGUCAAACAACUGAAGUUCCCAGGGAACGUCCAGCACUCCCAGAAUACACCAGACCAGAAAAUACUUCAUUUCCUACCCAAGAGCCCACUAACUCCCCAUUCCAGUUGCCUGAUACUCCAGGUUAUAUGUCAGAGGAUCAGUGCUCAGUGUCAGGAGAUCAACCACAGAGCAUGCAGACAGAUCCAGGUCCUCUAUCUCCAGAUCCAUCCCUUGCAGAUGCACAGCCUGUCCAGUACACUGAACCAGCAUACUGGUGCCAGAUUUCAUAUUAUGAGAUGAACACAAGAGUUGGAGAAAUUUUUCAUGCAGCUCGACCAAGUCUUACUGUUGAUGGCUUUACUGAUCCCUCUAGUUGUGACAGAUUCUGUUUGGGAUUGUUGUCUAAUAUUAACCGCAACCCUCAAAUAGAGAUGACACGUAAACACAUUGGGAAGGGAGUCCGCCUCUAUUACAUUGGUGGUGAAGUGUUUGCUGAGUGUUUAAGUGACAGUAGUAUAUUUGUACAGAGCCCCAACUGUAAUCAACGGUAUGGCUGGCACCCAGCCACUGUGUGUAAGAUUCCACCGGGAUGCAACCUAAAGAUCUUUAAUAAUCAAGAAUUUGCUCAGUUAUUGUCACAGUCUGUCAAUCAAGGUUUUGAGGCAGUGUAUGCAUUAACUCGUAUGUGUACCAUCAGAAUGUCGUUUGUAAAAGGCUGGGGUGCUGAGUAUCGCAGACAAACUGUAACAAGUACACCAUGUUGGAUUGAGCUUCACCUCAAUGGCCCCCUUCAAUGGCUUGAUAAAGUUCUUACACAGAUGGGUUCUCCUUCUGCUCACUGUUCAUCAAUGUCCUGAUGAGUUUCAUAGAAUGUGUUAUUUCAUGUGUGAAUGUUUAUUGAAUACUUAAAGAUGUAAGUUAGGCUUAAAGCUUAUUAAAUGCUCAAAACCUAUUACUGGGUUUUGUGUAUGCUGUACCGUA